AUGAACGGCCCCAAUAACGGAGCAAGGCCUCCAAAUGGAAACAACAGACAGAACCAACAUAAUCCACAACAUAAUCCCCAAAAUAAUCAGCAUCAAAACCAACGUCCAAACCAGCGACCAAAUCAACGGCCAAAUCAACAUCAGAGCCAGUUGCCCCAAAGAAAUCCUGGCGGUCCUCAAUACACUUCUUCCAAUUCAAAGCCAUUCGUGCCCACUUCAUAUACACGCGAAGAGGAAAUUGUCAUCCAGCAGAAACUCAAUAAGGUGUUGGGACCCGAAUAUGUGAGUUUCAGGCCUGGCGGAGGCGGGCAGAGUGUCCAAUAUAUAGAAGGUUGGAAAGCCCUCAAUUUAGCCAACGAGAUCUUUGGCUUUAACGGAUGGUCCUCCGAGCUCAUAAGUGUUCAAGUCGAUUUUUUAGACUCGCUUGGAUCAGGUCGUGUGUCCUUGGGGCUUUCGGUUGUGGUGAGAAUAACUAUUAAAGAUGGUACUUUCCAUGAAGACUUUGGGUACGGAUUCAUUGAAAACGCCAAGACCAAAGCGGCUGCUUUCGAAAAGUGUAAAAAGGAGGCGUUCACAGACGGGUUAAAGCGGUGCCUACGCUGCUUUGGAAACGUUUUGGGAAAUUGUCUUUAUGACAAAACCAUCAUAGCUAGGACCCAGAAAGUGAAGUUGGCACCGAUGGAGCUCGAGAAAGAUGAUUUUUAUAGAGAUCCUUUGGUGAUAAAGAGAGAACGAGAAUUGUCGAGAAAGGCAAGAUUAGCUAAAGCUCUCCCUCCACCUGGAGAUUCCACUACUGAAACACCUAAAGUAUCCAAUGACACAUCCAACAACGACUUGUCGCUACAGGGUGCAAGACCCCAAGUGACGCCUCAGGCUAAGGCACCAGCAUUUGUGAAUGACUAUGAUUUGAAAGACUUCGACGACCUGUUCCAGUUUAGUGAUGACAUACAAGCUGAAGAUGGUGAGCUAAAUGAUAGACUAGACGAUUAUGAGCUUGAGUUGUUGCUGCGAGGGGGAGAUAAAAUGGAAAGUGACGAGUCAAAACUGGCCAUCGCGGACACCAUUUCAGACCCCACAGCAGCUGCCAAAACGCCCUCACAAGUAUUCUUCACUAGCUCCAAAAAGGCAUUGGAGGUUCAGCAGACACCAGACCAAUUGAACGUUCCUCAGUACGACCACAAGUUUGUCGCUAACAGCGUGCGUCGCACAGUGGACCCUUCUAAAUCUGUCAAGAUCAGACGCAAUGAUAUCCCCUCUGCUUACACACCCAGCCAGAUGAAUCGCACCAAUGCUUUGUCGCCAGUUAUGGGUUCUCAAAUUGGCAAAAGGCCCCUCGGAAUGCCACCCUCACAGCAUCCGCAGUCUAAGCGUCAACACAAGGAUCCAGAUGAGAAUGAAACAGCAGCCAGGGCGGAAAGUGUUUGA